UUGAGUAAACAGCACGUUUGAUAACAACGUCUCCUGUGUCAGUAAUCUUUAAUCAGAGAAGAAGAUGUUACAACUUGGCGACGAGCGAUAAACAGAUCUGAACCCAAAGACAUAGCAAAGCUGGUUGGAUCACACGGACCGCAAAAAUGACGACUCUCCCACAUUUUCCGAUGUUCGAUUUCCACAACGAACCCAGCUCAGUCGGCUCGCGAUGGAAAAAAUGGCAGAGUCGAUUCGACAACUACCUACAAGCGUUCAACAUAGAAGACGAUAAACAAAAAAGAGCACUGUUACUACAUCAUGCGGGACCCGAGGUUUUCGACAUUUUUGAAACGCUGCCAGAAACAGGAGAAGACUACGCUACUGCGGUGAGAAAGCUAGACGCUUAUUUCUGUCCUAAAGCCAAUCCAGAAUAUGAAACAUAUCUAUUCAGACAAGCAAAACAACACGGAGAUGAAACGUUAGAUGCAUAUCACACCAGAUUGAGACAGAUGGCAACAAAAUGCGAGUUUGUGAAUGUGGACAGAGAAAUCAAGUCACAAAUAAUUCUAAGCUGCAGUUCAUCGCGUCUCCGCAAGAUGGCACUACAUGACAGCACAAUGACGCUUCAACAACUACUAGACGCAGGGAGAGCUCAAGAAACAGCAGAUAAACAAGCAGCUGGCAUAGAAGAGAUACAUGCUUCCAAAUCAUUCGUAACACAUGCAAUUAGUAAAACAACUUUUAACAAACACAAGCAGAGAAAUUAUAAGACAAAGACUCUGUUUGAAAACAAGACAUGCAACAAUUGUGGAGGACACUUUCCACAUGAAGGUGGACAGAAAAACUGCCCAGCAAGAGGAAAAAUCUGCAAAGGCUGUGGAAAGCUAAAUCAUUUUCAAAAAUGCUGCAAGUCAACACGCUACACCACCAAUAACCCAAAUCCAUCUAAGCACAAAUUUCAAAAGGUAAACGCUAUGCAUACAGAUGAGACGACACACAAAACAGGCACCACAGCAUCAACAAGUUCAGAUGAAGACUAUGUAUAUGUCAUACACACAGUUCAACAUUCACAACAACCUCAGUCACAAAUAGAGAUCGCAGGAGUGCCAGUAAAGGUCAUCAUUGAUUCCGGCGCAAGCGUAAAUAUAGUUGAUGCCACUGCAUAUCACAAACUAAAACGCAACAUAACAAUAAAUGCAUCUGAUGCAAAGAUUUUUGCAUAUGGCUCUUCCACCCCACUUCCACUAAAAGGAAAAUUUCAAGCCAAAAUUAACUCCAACAACAAAGACACAGUAGCCACAUUCUACGUAAUUGAAGGUCAAUCCGGUUCUCUGCUGAGUUACAGCACUGCGACAGAACUUGGAAUUCUUAAAGUAAUCAGCACAGUGUCUAAUCAACCAGCUGAAAUUCCCACUGUAAAUCAACUACUAAAUGAGUACGAAGACCUUUUUCAAGGCAUUGGAAAGCUGAAAGACCUUCAAGUAAAAUUACACAUAGAUGAGUCUGUAAAGCCAGUCGUGCAACCGCACAGACGAAUUCCGUUCCAUAUCAGAAAGACAGUGGAACAUGAACUUGAAAAGCUUGAAAAACAAGGCAUCAUCGAAAAGGUCAGUGGUCCAACGCCCUGGGUAUCACCCAUAGUUGUGACACCGAAACCCAAAAAUCCUGACAGUGUGCGCUUAUGCGUGGACAUGCGACUGCCCAAUCGCGCCAUUCAAAGAGAACGUCAUAUCACCCCGACAGUGGAUGAUCUGAUCCAUGAUCUUAAUGGAGCUGUAUGUUUCACAAAACUGGAUUUGAAUGCUGGAUAUCAUCAGCUCGAAUUACAUCCAGACUCUAGAUACAUAACAACAUUUACAACUCAUGUAGGGCUCUGGAGGUACACUCGUUUGAAUUUUGGUAUUAGUUCAGCUGCCGAGGUGUUCCAAAAUACAAUUCAGCAAGUCCUGCACGGCAUCCCAAAUGUCAGAAACAUGAGUGACGACAUCAUAGUCUAUGGAAAAACACAGGAUGAACACAACGCCAGUCUGCAAGCCGUAUUCAACAGACUCAGAGAGAAAAACCUCACCCUCAACAAAGACAAAUGUGAGUACAGCAAGAACAAAUUAGACUUCUUCGGAUAUGUGUUCUCAGAUAAAGGAAUUUCUGCAGAUCCGGAAAAGAUAAAAGCCAUCGAGAAUCUUUCAGCCCCACAGAACGUGUCUGAACUGCGCAGUCUGCUUGGAAUGACCACAUACUGUUCACGUUUCAUUCAGGACUACGCAACGACCACACAACCACUGCGUGAACUCACUCGUAAAGAUCACACUUGGAACUGGGGACCAGAACAACAAGCAGCACUCGAAAAGCUGAAAUCUCAACUUAUCCAGAAUGCUACAAUGUCAUACUUUGAUCCACAGAAGACAUCAACACUUCUCGUUGAUGCAAGCCCAGUUGGUCUUGGGGCGAUAUUAAGUCAGCCGAACACAGACAGUUCCAGUAACAAAAUAAUUGCGUAUGCCAGCAGAGCGCUUACUUCUGUAGAACAACGCUAUUCACAAACUGAAAGGGAAGCUCUAGCAAUAGUCUGGGCAUGCGAACACUUCCACUUAUAUCUGUAUGGUUCACACUUCACGGUCAUCACAGACCAUAAACCACUGGAGCUUAUUUUCAAUAACCCCCGAGCAUCUCCACCAGCCAGGCUUGAACGCUGGAGGCUGAGAUUGCAACAAUACACAUUCACAGUCCAGUACAGAGCAGGAAAAAGCAACCCUGCUGACUACAUGUCGAGACAUCCUGUGGACGGACAACACACAGAAAACUGUUCAGAAAGAGCAGAAAGCUACAUCAAUUUUAUAAUUGACAACACAGUUCCAAAAGCAAUGACCCUAGAUGAAGUACGACACGAAACUGGAAAAGACCCUGUCCUACAGACAGUGAUAAAAGAACUAAAAGGAAAAGCCUGGACACAUUUGAAGCAGUCCAUGUCAGACGUGGAAAACGCAAAGCUAAAAGCCUUUUAUAAACUGAGAAAUGAGCUCACAGUUAAUGCAUCACAGGACAUUGUCCUCAGGGGAAACAGACUUACCUUGCCUACCUCUCUAUACCAAAAAGCCAUUCAACUUGCACAUGUGGGACAUAUGGGGAUUGUGAAGACCAAACAGCUGAUAAGAGAAAAAGUAUGGUUUCCUGGUAUUGAUGCAGAAGUGGAGAAAGCGGUGCAAGGAUGUAUUCCAUGUCAAGCAGCCACACUCCAACAUCAUACAGAACCCCUUAAAAUGACCAACCUGCCAGAAGAACCGUGGUUGGAAGUCUCAGUGGAUUUUACUGGCCCUUUUCCAUCUGGUGAGUACCUGCUGGUAGUAGUUGAUGAUCACUCCAGAUAUCCAGAAGUGGAGAUAGUCAAGUCUACAGCAGCCAGUGCCGUAAUUCCCAAACUGGACAAGAUAUUCUCAACUUUUGGCAUACCCAAAAUAGUCAAAACUGACAAUGGCCCACCAUUCAACAGUCACAGUUUUGCGGAUUUCAGCUCGUAUCUUGGGUUCAAACAUAGAAAAGUAACCCCGUACUGGCCCAAAGCAAACGGAGAAGCCGAGAGGUUUAUGCGAACACUCAAAAAGACUGUCAUGACCACAAAUGCAGAAGGUAAACCAUGGAAACAGUGCCUGUACAGUUUCCUGAGAAAUUACAGAGCAACACCACAUGGAACCACCCAAAAUUCUCCCGCUGAACUGCUUUUAGGGAGGAAGAUCAGUACCACGUUACCUUCAAACCCACAGGUCAGAGCGCAAACGGACCUUGCUGACACAGACCACAUUGCAAAGCAAAAAAUGAAAAGACACGCAGACCGUCGGAACAGAGCAAAAGAAUCUAGGAUCCAAGAGGGUGACACUGUACUCUGCCGACAACCUGUGACGGGAAAGCUAAUAACUCCGUACGAGACGAAACCAUACAAAGUGAUCAAGGUCAAAGGGUCAAUGGUGACAGCAAGUCGCGCUGGAAGAUGCGUGACAAGAAAUUCAUCAUUUUUCAAACGACUUAAACCUCAUCUCACAGCUGAGCAGAAUGAAACCUCUGAUGAGGAAGAUAACAUCAAAGCACCAAGUCCAGAUGAGUUCCAGGACAAUGUGCCACAAAGCACACAGGACAUAAACACUGAUCAGAGACACUCUGAACGUUCAAAUACCCUUCCAUAUUCACUUAGACCAUAUCGGAGGGCACCACGAUAUCUGAUAGCUGAAAUAGAAGAAGAUGUUACAGACACUACUACUGAGGUCACUAUUGCCUUCCAUUUGCCUAAUGUUUUAUCCAGCCAGUCAGAUAUGGGGUUGGCAACACCUGAGUGUUCUCGCAUUUCUAUGGACAAAGUUUUUAGUCCUUCCAGUGCCCUGGUCACUGACCCGUCCGGUGCUGUAUUAUUCGGAAUCACUUAUAGCACUUUCACCUUCAACACUCUCCCUCUCUUGGACCUGAGUCCUCAGGUCCACCCCUGUAUCUGUCAGAGACCUAGAAGGAGAAUCAAAUGGAACACAAGAAGAGAGAUGGAACCAGGUUUCGCCUCUUCCCUGUAG